GCGAAGGCGGUACAAGCUUGAAGAGCUUCGUAAGUUUUGUUUUUUUUUAACUCGCGGCGCGUCUUCUCGUUGCCGGUCCAUCAUACAGCAUCGUUAAAUUUUAGUUGAACGUGUUCUGUGUAUGUAUGAUUUUAGUGGUGUAUACCUUUGUGGAAUAGAAGGAUAAUAACACGAUGGAAUUUAUAAACAAAUUAAAUAUAUCACUGGCACUACUAAUAGUCUUCACAGUUUUCCAAAGUGUACUGAGUAAACAUAAAAUUAGGCAUUACAAAGAUAGAUUUAAACGACAGCAAGGAGCACAUUUGUAUUUACCUGGAACCUACGUUACAGAUGGAGGAGAUGGACCCGAUAUUGGUCCUUGGUCAGAUUGGUCUUCAGCAAGUUCUUGUUCAAGAACUUGUGGAGGAGGUGUUUCAACACAACAUCGACAAUGUUUGGCACAACGGUGUCAAGGACCAACUACCAGGCAUUUUUCCUGUAAUACCCAGGAUUGUCCUGAUAAUAACGAUUUUCGAUCCCAGCAAUGUGCAGAAUUUAAUAGAGUACCUCACGAGGGAAUGUAUUAUGAUUGGAUACCAUACACCAAGGGAAAUAAUAAAUGUGAACUGAACUGUCAACCAAGACGUGAAAGAUUUUAUUAUAGGCAUAAAUUACAAGUCAUAGAUGGUACUAAAUGUGAUGACGAAUCAUCAAAUGUUUGCGUGCAAGGAAAAUGUCAGCCCGUAGGAUGUGAUAUGAUGUUAGGAUCUUCAAUGAGAGAAGACAAAUGCAGAGUUUGCGGAGGAGAUGGAAGUACUUGCACCACUUCAACCGGUUUACUGGAUUCAAAAGAUUUUCGAGAAGGUUAUAAUGAUAUUUUAUUAAUUCCUCGAGGUGCAACCAAUAUUAAAAUUAUCGAAGAAGCACCCUCUAAUAAUUACCUUGCUGUUAGAAAUACCACCAAUCAUUAUUAUCUUAAUGGAAAUUGGAGAGUGCAUUCCCCAAGAUCAAUUAAUUUUGCUGGAUGCAAAUUUAUUUAUUCCAGGCAUUCCAAAGAUCUAUCUGCUAUAGAUGAAUUAUAUUGUUUGGGUCCAAUAGAAGAAUCUUUGUUUAUUGUGCUUUUAUCCCAAGAACCCAACGUGGGUGUCAAAUAUGAAUAUAGUUUUCCCAAUAAUGUUGCUCCAGGAAUUGAAUCAGAAACAUAUGCUUGGACUUUUGGGGAAUAUAGUCCAUGUAGUGCAUCGUGCGGUGGAGGAGUCCAAACGCGAAAUGUUAGUUGUGCUGGAAGAAAAUCUUUACAACCUGUCGAAAUAAAUUUAUGCCAAUCCAUGUCUGAACCACCUUCAUCCCAAAGAUGUAACGAAAUCCCAUGUGAAGCUCAGUGGGUAGCCUAUCCUUGGGGAAGAUGUUCAUUGCCUUGUGGUAAAGGAGGAAUGCAAACAAGACAAAUUGUUUGUCAAAGAAUUGUUGCUAAAGGAUUGCCAUCUCAAGUUCCUGAUGAUGAUUGUAAAAAUCUGCCGAAACCUUCCACCCAGCAAAGUUGUAAUACUGAUACUAAAUGUGCCCGAUGGUAUAUAGAACCUUGGAAGCCGUGUGAUCAUUUGUGUGGUGAUGGCAAACAAACAAGAAAAGUUAUAUGCUAUGUACAAAAAGAAGAUGGAAAAAGAAAAGUUCUUGCAGAUACAGAAUGUGAACAAACUGAAGCAAAACCGCCUACUGAACAAAAAUGUAAUCUAAGACCAUGUGAGGGGGUCGAUUGGAUAACUUCUGAAUUUAGCGGGUGCAACACAAUUUGUGGGUUGAAAAGUGAAACCAGAAAAGUUCAGUGCGCAAGUAGCGAUAAUAAAAUUUAUUCUGAAUCUUUUUGUGAUGCUGAAAAUAAACCUAACACAACCAGACCAUGCAAUUUAACCAGCUCUUCGUGUGAUUUUUUGUGGUACGCAUCCCAAUGGAGCGAGUGUUCAACUAAUUGUGGUGAAGGAGUUCAAACUAGAACAAUUUUUUGUGGUACCGUAACGGCAAAUGGAGUGGAAAAGGUUGAUGAUUCCAAUUGUAAUCAAACGAUAAAUCUUAAGUUUGAAAGAUCCUGUACUGGAAAAUUGACAGAGUGUGAAGCGGAAUGGUUUAGUGGUCCUUGGUCAGAAUGUUCCAAAUCCUGUGGAGGAGGUGAAAAAACUCAAAAAGUAGUCUGUAUAAAAAAUAAUGAGGUUGUUGAUACCCAAGAGUGUAAACUUGAGAAAAUACUAUUUUCCACUAUCGAAUGUAACACUCAUGCUUGCUCAGAAGAUACAAUUAUACCUUCUGAUGUGACACAAGAUGUAGAUGAAUCAGAACCCGAAGCUACCACUAUUUCAAGUACUGAAGAAUAUGAAAUUGUUGAAGCUAACACAUGUGAAGGUGGUGUAUGGGUUACUGAGGAAGAAGUUGAUGUGACGAAGUUAUCGGUGGUGGAAAGUAAAAACGCAGAACAUACCAGUUCAGUAUUUUCUACAGACGACUUAAUGCUUAGUGAUGGAACAAUGAGUACUGAUACUGAUUUUUUAACAAGUGAAAUUGGAUCAGGUGAUACGAAAAUAACAAACUCUAUUCAAGAAUUCUUUCCAACACCAUCAAUUAAAAACACCGACGAUAUAUCCACGAUUAAAGAAGGAUCUGGUGAUGAAUCCACCAUUACUGAUAUAAAUCUAUCGACAAAAAUAUAUAGUACAACAGACUUUGCAAUUACAGAAAACGAAAGUAAAACAAAUUCUGAAAGUACAAAUAAAAUGACAGAUACUGAUUUCACAACUAGUGAAGCAAAUGACCUCAGUUCUACAGAAAAUGUUACGUAUACUUCAACAAUUGAAUCGUACAGUACCACAGUUGACACUACUAAAACCACAAUAGAUGGUACAGAAACAGCAAAAAAAAAUACAGAAAUUACAAUAGCUAGUACAGAAACAACAAUAGAUAGUACAGAAACAACAAUAGAUGGUACAGAAACGACAGAAGAUGCAACAGAAACAUCAAACGAUAGUACAGAGACAACAAUAGAUAGUACACAGAGUACUGGUACAGAAAUAACUGCUUUUACAGAUUCAAUUUCUACAGAAAGUGAUAAUACUGAAACAACAACUGAAUUAAGUACUGAGUUUACUUUAAAAUCAACAGAACUUUCAAGCUCUAAAGUUACAGAAGCAUUUGAAGAACCAUUUUAUAAAAAAACUACAGCUAAGGGUAGGAGUAUUAGUACAAAUACGGAUUAUUUUUCACAAGCUACAGAUAUUUCUGGAACAACUGAUAUAGAUUCCAAAUAUAGUAGCACAAGCUGGUUUGAAUCUACUGAAGCUUCAACAACAGAAAUAACUGGAUCUACUGAAGUCUCUGGUACAACAAUAGAAUUUACAGAAACUACUGAUGUUUCUGGCACAACAAAAGAAUUUACCGAGACUAAUGACGUUUCUGGUACAACUAAAGAAAUUACUGAUUCCAACAGCUUUAGUGAAAUUACAGAGUCGACUGAAUUUAUUCAAAGUUCCACUGGUGUAUCAGAAUUAACUACAGAAACUUCUAGUUCUGAAUAUGAUAUAUGGUCUUCAACAACUAAAUUAACACAACCAACUGAAACAAGUUGGGAUACUACAUCAAUUACUGAGUUAUUUACAACUGCAAGACCUAGAAUGUGUAAAAGAAGAAAGCUUGGAAAAUCUUGUAAAACUACACAAUUUGGGUGCUGUUUGGAUAAUAUUACACCUGCCUCAGGACCAUUUGAAAAAGGUUGUCCAACUCCAAAAAUUUGCAAAGAGUCCAAAUAUGGCUGUUGUGAAGAUGGCGUAUCGGCUGCUUUGGGUACAAAAAACAUGGGAUGUCCAAAAUCUCAAUGCAAAGAAACAUUAUUUGGAUGUUGUCCAGAUGGUAAAACUCCAUCUAAUGGAAAUAAUAAUGAAGAUUGUCCUCCUAAAUGUGCUUCCUCUAAUUAUGGAUGUUGUAAGGAUAAUAUUACAAAUGCUAAGGGACCUAAGCAAAAAGGAUGUGAACCACCUAAGACACCAUGUAACAAAUCUAAAUACGGGUGCUGUCCUGAUAAUAAAAAUACUGCUAAAGGAGAAAACUUCAAGGGUUGUGAUAUAUUUAAAGACAAUUGUAAAGAAUCCUACUUUAAAUGUUGUCCAGAUGGCAAAAUAUCUGCCCAAGGUCCAAAAUAUGAAGGAUGCGAAUUAUCAUGCUCCAACACAACAUAUGGGUGCUGUGAUGACCUUGUUACUCCUGCUCAUGGUAACAACAAAGAAGGUUGUUGCCUAAGCGGAUCAUUUGGUUGUUGCCCAGACAAUAUUACCCCUGCUAAAGGACUUAAUUUAGAAGGAUGUGGAUGUCAGUACUUACCAUAUGGUUGUUGUCCAGAUAAUAAGACCCCAGCUAGAGGGCAUGCCAAUGAAGGUUGUGGAUGUCAAUUUACUGAAUUUGGUUGUUGUCCAGAUAUGUAUACUCCUUCAAAUGGUCCUGAUUAUGAAGGUUGCUUGUGCCAUACCUUUCAAUUUGGUUGUUGUCCGGAUGGUAAUACAACAGCUAAAGGGCCUCAUCAACAAGGUUGCGGAUGUCAAAACUCUGAAUAUAAAUGCUGUUCUGAUGAUAAAAGUCCUGCUCAAGGCCCUAAUAUGGAGGGUUGUGGGUGUGAGUCAACUAAAUAUGGUUGCUGUCUUGACGGUGUAAAUACUGCCACUGGUGAUAACUUUGAGGGUUGCGAAAAUGUCCCAGUAAAUUUGCAAGAUAGUUGUGCACUCCCAAAAGAACGAGGAUCUUGUAGAAAUUAUACCGUUAAAUGGUACUUUGACAUGGGUUACGGAGGAUGCUCAAGAUUUUGGUAUGGAGGUUGUGAUGGUAAUAAUAACAGAUUUAAAAGUAAAGAAGAAUGUGAUGGAGUUUGCGUUGUUCCACAAGGCACAGAAAGGUGCAACCUACCGAAAAUGGCGGGACCUUGUGAAGGGUAUUAUCCUAAUUGGUAUUAUGAUAAAGAAAGAAAAUAUUGCACACAAUUUAUUUAUGGAGGAUGUCUUGGAAAUAAUAAUAGAUUUGAAACAGCAGAAGAAUGCAAUAAAUUAUGUGUUAAAGAUAAUACAGUUGAUGCCUGCGAACAAACAAAAGAAGAAGGUCCUUGUCGUGGACAGUUUAAAAGAUAUUAUUACGAUCAAGAUUCAAAACAAUGUAAAGAGUUUAAUUACGGCGGGUGUAAAGGAAAUAGUAAUAACUUCCAAACUUUAAAGGCAUGCAAUCAACAAUGUACAAAAUCAGACAGGAAAAAAGAUCACUGCUCUUUACCAAGAGCUCAGGGUAACUGUACUCAAAAGGAGCCAAAAUGGUAUUAUGAUACACCUGAAAAACGUUGUAUUCCAUUUUACUACUCUGGUUGUAACGGUAAUCCAAAUAAUUUUGAUAAUAAAGAUGCAUGUGAAAGAGAUUGUCCACUAGAAAUUGUCAAAGAUACAUGUCACUUACCUGCUGAAACAGGGGAAUGCUCAAACUACACAGGUCGUUGGUACUUUGAUACAAAAGAAAAACAAUGUCGUCAAUUUUAUUAUGGAGGUUGUGGUGGAAAUAAAAAUAACUUUGAAAAUCAAAGAGACUGCGAAGAAAGAUGCGCAGUUGAAAGGGAACCACCCACUGAAGUACAAACCCCCAAUUAUCCAGAAUCCGAAAUAUUUAGGACAGAAUCUUGCUUUUUACCACAAGAAAUUGGUCCUUGCAAGGUUGCUACUCGCCGAUACUUCUAUGAUAGAUCAGAUGGCGUUUGCAAAGGAUUUACUUAUGGAGGUUGUGAAGGCAAUCAGAAUAAUUUUAAAACCGCUGAGGAAUGCAAUGAACAGUGUGGGUCUGCACAAGAUUUAUGUAGGUUACCACCAGUAGUUGGACCUUGUAAUGGAGAAUAUGAACAGUACUAUUAUGAAGAAGCAAGUGAUAGUUGUAAAACUUUCUUAUUUGGAGGAUGCGACGGAAACUACAAUAGAUUCGCUGAUAAAAGUUCAUGUGAGCAAAGAUGUAGAAAGAAAAGACCAGAUGAAUAUACUACCCGGGAACCAGCCCCAGCACAAGUUCCUGCUGAAGAAUAUGCUAUGUGCUAUGAGCAAAUUGAUACUGGAAACUGUACAGAAGAAUACAAUGCAUUCGCCUUCGAUAUAAACUCACAAAAAUGUGUUGUUUUUACUUAUACCGGAUGUGGUGGCAACAAUAAUCGUUUUAAUAGUGAAGAGCAAUGUUUACGACAAUGUGGACAUUUUAGAGGACAAGAUGUUUGUAAUUUACCUAAAGAUCAAGGUCCAUGUAGAGGAUACUUUAUAAAGUAUUACUAUGACAAACCAUCAGGCUCAUGUCAAGAAUUUGCAUUUGGAGGAUGUAUGGGAAAUGGAAAUAGGUUUAGUUCUCCCGAAGAAUGUCAAACCAUUUGUGUAAGCCAUCAAGAAAGCAGGCCUAAUAUUACUGCCACAGAUGUAUGCAAACUUCCCCUUGAUCGUGGUAAUUGUCAAGACAGACCAUAUAACCAUUGGUAUUUUAACUACGAAAAAGGAGAUUGCAUUGCUUUUGACGGAUGUGGUGGCAACUAUAAUAACUUUAUAAGCUAUCAAUCUUGUAUUGAUUAUUGUGGGGAGUUAAUUCACGAACAACAUGAACAAACUUCAAAUAAUGUUGAUGAUCAAUGCAUCGAUUAUUAUAAUGAGUGUUCAACUAUGAGAUGUCGUUAUGGAAUACAAGCAUAUGUCGAUGAAAAUACAUGCAAUAGGUGUAAAUGUCAUGAUCCAUGUGAAGGAUAUUCUUGUGCAAAUGAAACAAGAUGUGCAAUAGAUUUAAACAGAAGCGAAGACAAUGAUGGAAAUCAGUUCGUUGCCAUUUGUAGGGAAGAAAACAAAAAAGGAACAUGCCCAUACUACCCUUCAGACGAUUUAAAUUGUGACCGAGAAUGCAAUGAUGAUGCUGAUUGCUCAUUAACCCUUAAGUGUUGUUCAACUGGAUGUGGAUCAGUGUGUAUGGAACCAGAAUUUGCACCUGGUCAAUUGAUGACACCAUGGCCUACUUACACAGAUAAACCUAAUGAAGAAAUUGUUAAAUCUCCCACGGUUAAUGUAACAGUUUUUAAACCAGAAGUCCAAGGAUUAAUUGGUGAUCACGUCGUAUUAAAUUGUGCUGUGACUGGAAAUCCAAACCCUCGCAUAACUUGGAGUAAAGACAAUGUUAUGAUUGAUGGUAAACAACCCAGGUACAGAAUUAAAUUAGAUCAAACUUUACAAAUUAUAACACUACAUGAAACGGACUCAGGAGUUUAUUUAUGUACAGCUGACAAUGCUCACGGGGAAAAAAUAACAAAUGAAAUUAGAUUGGACGUUGCAAAUUCAGAACCUAGACCAGCUAGUGUUUUGGAACAAGAUGAACAACCUAAUGUAGUUAUUUCUUUAAAUGCACCUACAACACUUGAUUGUUUUGCUCUUGGUUUUCCAUAUCCUGAUGUAACUUGGUGGAAGGAUAAUAGCAUGAUUCCUUUGCAAAAUAGAGACUUCGAAGUUCGAAAAGACUAUUCCUUACAUAUUAAUAACGUAAAACUGCAUAAUCUUGGAGUGUACACCUGUCAAGCUUACAAUGGUGUAGGAAAGGCUGCUAGCUGGGCUGUUACUGUUAAGGCUCGGGGUCCUUUCUAUAGUAAUGAUCCCAAAGAUGCACAAUAUUUGCAAUAUAUUGUUAAUCCACCUGACGAACCCUCCUAUACCUAUAAACCAAUAAUAGAUACAACUUCAUAUCCCAAUUAUGUUCUUACUCCUGAUCCAUAUUUAACAGCUACAUACCCCGAACUUGACCCAAAUGAAAUUUCACCCACUAAUACGUAUUACCCGGAUAUCCAAAUUGUUCCUGUAAGUGUUAAUACGCCGUUGGAAAGUGUAACAAGUGUAACUGGAGCAGAUAUUACAAUUCCAUGUGAAGUUCGAGGAAAUCCACAACCCAAAGUGGAAUGGUAUAAAAAUGGGAAUGCCUUAUACACAUCUAAUAAAAAUAAAAUCUUAGGUAAUAAUACUUUAAUGAUCUAUAAUGCUGACCUAAGUGAUUCGGGAGAAUAUACAUGUGAAGCCGUAAAUUCAAUAUCACAAGACUCUAAGAAAAUUUAUGUAUCUAUAGAAAGUAUUCGUCCAGAUUGCCAGGAUAACUCAUACUUUGCCAAUUGUCGACUUAUAGUUGAAGGAAAAUACUGUAAUCACGCCUUUUACUCUAAGUAUUGUUGUCGAUCAUGUACGCUAGCAGGAUAUAAAGUUUAAUUUAAAAUAGAACUAGUCGCAAUAUAUUUUAAACUUAUAAAUACCUAAUUUUAAAAAUGUCUUGUUUUGUAAUUUAUUUUUUAUAUCAUUAUAAUAUGAAGACUUAUAAAAUGUAGAUAUUUUUGUCUUAUACUCGAUUAUUUUGUGCAAUUUUAAUGUGGUUUGUAAAUAAAUGUAAGUUUAAAUUUAAGUAGGUACCUAAAUAAUAUCUUUUGUAAAAUGUUUUUAAUUAUUCAAAAAC